GCAGACAGGGAGGGACGGAGGGAGCUGCUCUGAGCUGCUCUCUCCUCCCUUUGAGCUUCCCAGUGCUCUGCCUGUGCCGAGGCCUGAGGCAUGGGGACCAGGGGAUGGAUGCUCUCCGCCUUCCUGGGAUGCUGCGCGUGGAUUCUGCAAGGGCUCGGGGCUGUUGUUGCUGUCCCCAUCACUACCGAUGUGCCCUUUACUGAGGGGACAGCUUUCCCCAUGACAACAGAGGACAAGUGGCCCCGUGCUGCCCUCCCUGCAGCGAUGAGCACCAUGGCAGCUGACACUGAGACCUUCCCUCCCUGGACUGAGACAGACCCAGUGACGGUGACAAGUGAAUAUGGCUCUUCAGUGCCAGCUUUGGUGAAUGGGACCAAGGCUCCUAACACAACCCAGAGUACUGAGGGAAUUUCAGCUGCUCCCAAGCCAGCCACUGCUGCCACCAUCACCACACAGCACCCCGCUGUCACCCCAGAAGCAAUGCAGGACGAACUAGAGGCCACUCCUGAUGUCCCUCUGGCAACCACCCCUGUCCUCGAGGAUGUGAAGGAGGACGUCCUUGCAGACAGAGGAGAAGACACAGACCUCAGUACUGCCACUGCAUCCCUCCACACCACCUCUCCACUGGCAGUCACCUGGGUGCCAGAGCCAACUGCUGGUGUCACUGUGCUGCUGAGCCAAGGGCUGACCACAGCCAAGGAGGAAGCUACUCAAAGUGAAGCCAGUGCCAGCUCCUCCUCGGGCCCCAGUCCUGAUGCUGGGGAGCUGCUUCCAACCCAGCAGGAUGGAGCAGUGGGUGGGGUUGAGGGAUUCAACCCAGAGCCAGCAGGAGAAAUGGCCCCAGCUGGUGAGGAAAGUCCCUUGGCUUCAGAAUCUGGAGAUCCAGGAGAGACAAUAAAUGGUGAAUUCAGCACAGCCAACUCAUCCCACCUACCUCCAGAGAGCCCGGUGAUAUCAGGAACAGUGGAGAACCCUGGGAAGUCCUCCCUCCUCCCUGGCCAGGCACUGAACCCAGACACUUCACUGACACCAUCCAAUGGUGGGGAUGGGGACGGGCAGGGAGUUCCCGGGGUGUCAUCAGACACUUCUGGUUCAGCCUUGUCACCUGCAGCCAGCAGGGCACCAGUGGCACCUGAGGAAACAGAGGACACUGCCACCUCACUGCCCGCCCUAGGGCUUCCCACUGAUGCACAGAGUGACACGAAUCUCCCAGUCUCAGCCACUGCACUGCCCACAGGGAAUGUGGGAGCUGUGGAUCUGGCCAGUCCAUCCCUCCAGCCUGCCCCAUGGCAGACCCCCACUGGAGAACAGCCACUGCUGCUUCCUGAUGCUCUGACAUCCCCCACAGACACCCCCAGUGCUCCCGGGGCUGCUUACCCAGCCCCAGAGGCUGAAGCCAGCACCCUGCCUGAAGCUGAUGGUGAAGCAGAGACACCAGCAAGUCCUGACCUCGCUACUGGCCCAGAAGCAGCCGUGUCUCCAUCUCUUGGGGAGGCACAGACAGCAGGGAUGCCAGCUGCAGCUCCCCAGGAAGCCGAUGGACUUGGCACUGGCUUGAGUUCAGACUCAGAUGCCCCCAGCCCAGCCCCUUUUGUACCUGAUGGGCUGGCGUGGCCCACUGCUGGGAUCCAGGGUCAAGGAGCUGAGGGGGUAGGGGACGUGGCACAGGCAGGAGGUCCAGGGGAUGCCAGUCCCCAUGAAGACACCCAGAGUGACAUGAGUCCCCCAGCCCUUCAGCCCUCAGUAUCUCCUGCUGAUAAUGGAGAACUGCUGCCUGGAGGAACAGAACACUUGGCAAAUGCUGAACUUUCCUCUCCAUCAGCACUUGGGGAUGGAACAGAAGCAGGAGGAGCCCCAGCACUGGGACAAGUGUCCUCACUUGGUCCUGCACCUCCCAGCAAUGCUGGUAUGGGGCCUGAUCUGUCAGGAGCUGAAGGAUCAGGGGACCUGCCUGGUGAAUCUGCCAGUGCUCCUGGGGCUGGCCCUGUGUCUGAGGCAGAGACAUCGGUGAGCCCUGACCUCGGUGCUGCCCAGGGAGCACCUGGGUCUCCAUCCUCUGGUGGGUCACAGCCAUGGGGAACAGCAGCUGGUGCUCCCGUGGGAUCAGGUCUCCCUGGAGCUGAAGGGCCAGACACCGACUCGACUUCAGCAUGGGACACCCCCAGCUCAGCAGUUCAUGGACCUGUAGGACCCCCAUCACCUGGCCUUGGGGACCAGCCUGGCACAAAUGAGGGACUGCCAGCAGCAGAAGAGCAAGGAGGCAGCACGGCAGAGGCAGCACGGGAAGGAGCAGGCAGUGGGAUUGAGUCUGAGCCAUCCCUGAGCUCCAGUGCAGGGAAUGGAAUAGCAGCUGGGAUGGAUCAGCUGCCCGGCACUGGUUCCCCAUCUGCUAUUGCCUCUCCCGGUGAUGUGGUGGCACCUUCUGUGUCAAGGGGUGAUGAAGUGGGACCCAUCUCAUCUGCAGCUCCUGGCCCUGACAGUCUGUCCCCAGCCUCUCCAGAUGGUGAAACUGGCCCAGGGCUUGGUCUGGUGGAGGGGGCUGAGAGUGCAGGGAAUGUGGAACAGACAGGAAACCCAGAGAGUGAAAAUCCUGACAUGGAGACAAGUCCUUCAGCUGUCAGCCCUGAGCAGGACCUCACUAACACCGGAGAGCUGCCAGCAGAAGAUACAGGGGAUAUGGUAAAUGCUGAACUUUCCUCUCCAUCAGCACUUGGGGAUGGAACAGAAGCAGGAGGAGCUCCAGCACUGGGACAAGUGUCCUCACUUGGUCCUGCACCUCCCAGCAAUGCUGGUAUGGGGCCUGAUCUGUCAGGAGCUGAAGGAUCAGGGGACCUGCCUGGUGAAUCUGCCAGUGCUCCUGGGGCUGGCCCUGUGUCUGAGGCAGAGACAUCGGUGAGCCCUGACCUUGGUGCUGCCCAGGGAGCACCUGGGUCUCCAUCCUCUGGUGGGUCACAGCCAUGGGGAACAGCAGCUGGUGCUCCCGUGGGAUCAGGUCUCCCUGGAGCUGAAGGGCCAGACACCGACUCGACUUCAGCAUGGGACACCCCCAGCUCAGCAGUUCAUGGACCUGUAGGACCCCCAUCACCUGGCCUUGGGGACCAGCCUGGCACAAAUGAGGGACUGCCAGCAGCAGAAGAGCAAGGAGGCAGCACGGCAGAGGCAGCACGGGAAGGAGCAGGCAGUGGGAUUGAGUCUGAGCCAUCCCUGAGCUCCAGUGCAGGGAAUGGAAUAGCAGCUGGGAUGGAUCAGCUGCCCGGCACUGGUUCCCCAUCUGCUAUUGCCUCUCCCGGUGAUGUGGUGGCACCUUCUGUGUCAAGGGGUGAUGAAGUGGGACCCAUCUCAUCUGCAGCUCCUGGCCCUGACAGUCUGUCCCCAGCCUCUCCAGGUGGUGAAACCGGCCCAGGGCUUGGUCUGGUGGAGGGGGCUGAGAGUGCAGGGAACGUGGAUCAGACAGGAAACCCAGAGGGUGAAAAUCCUGACAUGGAGACAAGUCCUUCAGCUGUCAGCCCUGAGCAGGACCUCACUAACACCGGAGAGCUGCCAGCAGAAGACACAGGGGAUAUGGUAAAUGCUGAACUUUCCUCUCCAUCGGCACUUGGGGAUGGAACAGGAACAGGAGGAGCCCCAGCACUGGGACAAAUGUCCUCGCCUGGUCUUGCACCUUCCAGCAAUGCUGGAAUGGAGUCUGAUCUGUCAGGAGCUGAAGGACCAAGGGACCUGCCUGGUGAAUCUGCCAGUGCUCCUGGGGCUGUUUUCCCACCCCUGGGGUCUGUGGCUGGCCCUGUGUCUGAGGCAGAGACAUCGGUGAGCCCUGACCUUGGUGCUGCCCAGGGAGCACCUGGGUCUCCAUCCUCUGGUGGGUCACAGCCAUGGGGAACAGCAGCUGGUGCUCCCGUGGGAUCAGGUCUCCCUGGAGCUGAAGGGCCAGACACCGACUCGACUUCAGCAUGGGACACCCCCAGCUCAGCAGUUCAUGGACCUGUAGGACCCCCAUCACCUGGCCUUGGGGACCAGCCUGGCACAAAUGAGGGACUGCCAGCAGCAGAAGAGCAAGGAGGCAGCACGGCAGAGGCAGCACGGGAAGGAGCAGGCAGUGGGAUUGAGUCUGAGCCAUCCCUGAGCUCCAGUGCAGGGAAUGGAAUAGCAGCUGGGAUGGAUCAGCUGCCCGGCACUGGUUCCCCAUCUGCUAUUGCCUCUCCCGGUGAUGUGGUGGCACCUUCUGUGUCAAGGGGUGAUGAAGUGGGACCCAUCUCAUCUGCAGCUCCUGGCCCUGACAGUCUGUCCCCAGCCUCUCCAGAUGGUGAAACUGGCCCAGGGCUUGGUCUGGUGGAGGGGGCUGAGAGUGCAGGGAAUGUGGAACAGACAGGAAACCCAGAGAGUGAAAAUCCUGACAUGGAGACAAGUCCUUCAGCUGUCAGCCCUGAGCAGGACCUCACUAACACCGGAGAGCUGCCAUCAGAAGACACAGGGGAUAUGGUAAAUGCUGAACUUUCCUCUCCAUCGGCACUUGGGGAUGGAACAGGAACAGGAGGAGCCCCAGCACUGGGACAAAUGUCCUCGCCUGGUCUUGCACCUUCCAGCAAUGCUGGAAUGGAGUCUGAUCUGUCAGGAGCUGAAGGACCAAGGGACCUGCCUGGUGAAUCUGCCAGUGCUCCUGGGGCUGGCCCUGUGUCUGAGGCAGAGACAUCGGUGAGCCCUGACCUCGGUGCUGCCCAGGGAGCACCUGGGUCUCCAUCCUCUGGUGGGUCACAGCCAUGGGGAACAGCAGCUGGUGCUCCCGUGGGAUCAGGUCUCCCUGGAGCUGAAGGGCCAGACACCGACUCGACUUCAGCAUGGGACACCCCCAGCUCAGCAGUUCAUGGACCUGUAGGACCCCCAUCACCUGGCCUUGGGGACCAGCCUGGCACAAAUGAGGGACUGCCAGCAGCAGAAGAGCAAGGAGUCAGCACGGCAGAGGCAGCACGGGAAGGAGCAGGCAGUGGGAUUGAGUCUGAGCCAUCCCUGAGCUCCAGUGCAGGGAAUGGAAUAGCAGCUGGGAUGGAUCAGCUGCCCGGCACUGGUUCCCCAUCUGCUAUUGCCUCUCCCGGUGAUGUGGUGGCACCUUCUGUGUCAAGGGGUGAUGAAGUGGGACCCAUCUCAUCUGCAGCUCCUGGCCCUGACAGUCUGUCCCCAGCCUCUCCAGAUGGUGAAACUGGCCCAGGGCUUGGUCUGGUGGAGGGGGCUGAGAGUGCAGGGAACGUGGAUCAGACAGGAAACCCAGAGGGUGAAAAUCCUGACAUGGAGACAAGUCCUUCAGCUGUCAGCCCUGAGCAGGGUGAACUGCCUGGUGCAGGUUCCUCAUCUGGUUCAGCCUCUCCCAGUGGUGAUGUCGCAGCAUCCUCUGUUUCAGACUCAUCCAGCCUGGGUGCACUUGAAGGAGCAGGCAGUGCUGCUGAGAGUCUUCAGCCCUCCCUGGGUGCUGGCACUGGGGUCCUUCCUGCUGCAGAAGAAGGGACAAGUGAAGGGGCUAGUGAUGGAGGGUCCACAGGGCAGUCCCAGGCUCCUGUUGGAAUGGGACCAGCUGUUUCCGUUUCCCUUGAUGGAGAAACAGGAGGUGUGCUGCAGUCUGCAUCUUCUUCCUCAUCUACAGAGGGGUCUUCAUUACCUGUGGGGACAGGCGAGGCUGCUGAUGAAACAAGCCUUCCUGGAGCUGCUGCAGCUGGUGCUGGCUUGAACACAGGCUUGGAGCCUGUUGGGCCUCAAGAAGCCUCUGUGUCUGCCCCUGGCACUCAAAGUGGUGCCAAUACUGAACUUUCUGAUGGAAAACUGGGCAAGGUUGAUGUGGUGGAGGUGCCUGGAGGAGCCUUGGUGAAUGGGGGACCUUCCCCUGGUGCCAGCCUGGUCCCAGCGGCUCCAGACAGCAGUGGUGUUUCCAGUGCCAUGACCACCUCAGUGGCUGCUUCUCUGCUUCUCCCUGGACAUGGGCUGAGCUCAGGGCUGGCACCCAGUGGGGACCCCGACUCUGCGCCAAGCACCCAGAGUGGGAGCAGCCCCCUGCUGCCAGGGUCACCCGCUGGGCUGCCAGAAGAAGCUGGAGGUGCUCAGUCCUGGUCUCUUGAAGAUGAGGUGGCCUCAGGCAUGCCAGCACCUUUGGGAGAAGCGUCCCCUCAUGCUCCCAUAUCCCCCAACGCUGCCCCAGCGCUGCCUUCUGCUCCACAGAGAGGAAAUUCAGCAGAGGGGGUGUCUGCCAGCCCCGGGCUUUCAGCACUUCCAGCUGUGCCCCUCUAUGGGUAUGGAGCAAGAGAAAAUGAUCGGGAGUAUGUGGAAAGAAGAGUGGAUUUUAAUUCUCCACUUUUCAAGCCCGAGACUGGAUUCCCGUUUGGUAAAACCCUGCGCAGCUCUCUCUACUUUACAGACAAUGGACAGAUCAUUUUCCCAGCCUCAGACAACAGCAUCCUCACGUACCCCAACCCUCCUCCCAAUGGCUUCAAUGGCCACGAAGAUGUCCCCAUGAUCGCUGUAUUUUGGGACAACGCUGACUUCUCCAGAGGUGUUGGCACCACCUUUUACCAGGAGUUCUCCACCCUCAACACGGCCAAGCCGCCCUUCGUCCUUGACGUGGAAGCGAAGGUCCGGCGGUACCUGAGGUCCUCCUACUCUGCAGUCUGGACCUUGAAAAUCACCUGGGAGAAGGCUCCUGCCUAUGCAGCACGGACUGACACCCGCAAGACAGUCACAUACCAGGCUGUCCUGACCACUGAUGGCUUCAGGUCCUACAUCCUGAUGCUGUACCAGGAUGGAGGCAUGCAGUGGGAUUACACCAGGCUCACUUCUACCAACGUGCUCAUCGGCUACACCAGUGGGGAUGGCUUUUACCACAACGAUGACCUGACUAAGAGACCUCCAGCUGCUAAAUAUCGCCCUGACCAGUUCAGGGGCUACAACACAGACCUCCGUGGGCUGUGGAUUUACAAGCUGGAGAGCCGCGUGGGCAUCAACUACUGGCUGAAGUGCCUGGCAUGGACAGGGAAGCAGCAGGAGCCCAGGGCAUGGAGCCAGGGCCUGCCCACCUGCCCCUGCUCCCUGCAGCAAGGGCAGCAGGACUCACGCUUCAAGAGCAGCCGUGGAGGCAGGUGGGGUGCCCGUGUCUCCAUGCUGCACUCGGCCUCCCCCAACCAGCACGGCGCCGGCGUCCGCUGCGUGUACGACAGCCAGAACCGGCUCAUCGAGGGGCGGCAGGAGAGGUACUGGAGGGCCUCCAGGCAGGCCUCACCCUACCGUGACCAGGAGCUGAAGCUGUAUGACUGGUGCUGUAACCGGGCGGGCAGUGCCCACCUCUGUGCCCGCUACAGUGAGAAGAGGCCGAGGAUUGGCUGUGAUGGAUACCAGUCACCCAGCAAGGAUUCCUCGGAGGAGGCAGAGGAUGACUUGGAUGAGCAGACAGAUGAAGAAGACAAGUAACUGGGAGGUUGCACACCCACAGCACGUUCUUGGCCAUGGCUGAUCCUCCAAGUCCUUUGAUCUGCUCUUCCCCUUGUCCCCCCACAGAACCCAUCAUCCCUGCCCACCAUGCAGGACAGCUCACUUGGCCAGUGCCUGCAGUUUCCUGCCCUGGAACAAAUUCACAUUUCUAACCCAGACGUGUCCCAAGGAUUCAGUUGCUUUAGUUGCCCUUUCCCAGCUGCAGCUGAGGGGCAGAACUGGUGGGGAGGUGGGCAGGUACCCCCACUGCACACACCAGCCUUGUCCUUCCUUCAUCCCACUGUGCUCCCACGCUGCAGGGUGAGGCUGGACCCCUGGCACGCAGGGAAAGGGUUAAACACCACGCAUGGGUUGACUGUGGCCAAGCCCUUGAA